GAUCCUGCUGAAAUAUGAUCUUUAUUUGAAUAUAAUUUUGUGGAAAAAGGCAGAUCCCAUUAUGUAUAACCAAUCAGACUUAAUAUGAGUUAAUGAGCAUCUAACUCUAACAACCUCUUAAAGAUCUGAUUUAAAUGAUAUCAAAAUAAUUCUAACACAUUUAAGAUUUCCCUUUACUUUCUGUGCCACAGCAGCCACCAUGUUAUCAGUCCACAUGGUUCAUAACUUUAUAGGGCAUCAAAUAUUCAUCAGCCCUGGGACUCAUAAACACAUCUUCAGUGGGACGCCAUGAUUUCACGCUAUAUACCACAAACAUCUUAAGGCAUCAGAUGCACUGCCUGUCAUGGACUGUCAUUUUUUUUUGGUGUGUUAAUAAUAUAUCUAGGUUUUCUUCGUGCAGACAUACUUUGGCACUCAUGGUGCAUAAAUAGGUAAAUAACUGCAGCAUGACUGACAAUAGAAAAAUCUUUAUAUUUUCAUCUUUAUAUUUUUUGUUUUCUUCUUCUUCAUAUACAUUAACAGUCCUGAGUCAAUCUAUAUUUUAAAUCAAAUAUAUAGGUCCAUGUCACACUACAAACAAAUCACUUUGCUCACAGCAGCUCCCUCAGAUUGUCCCUAAUUAAGAGCUGUCUAAUUAAAUUACAGCCUGGAGUUAACCAAUGGCAAUACUUGUUUCAUUAGCGAAGCAAGGCAGAGUGAUGGAAAGAAAAAUCCUUCCUGAUUGCAGGAUGGUGUCAAUUGGCUAUAAUUUGCUGCCUUCGCCACAAGUCAUAGCAAGGCGUUUUUCAUAGUGUUAGAUUAGGAAAAGGCUUGUGAUAUAGGUUGAGCUUAAUAGUUGGCUUCCUAUUGAGCCAUGCAGGUCGAGAAUUGCAUCUCGAGUGAUCUCUCCAAGAAAUUUAUGAAUGUGGGCAGUGGCUUUCCGAGCUCAGAGCUUUCGUUGCAGGACCAUCCUAUUAUUAUAUCCGCAAGUGACAACCUGGAGAGAAGUUCACCCCUGAAAAAAAACUCUAGGGAGAUGACGAAUCAGUCAGAGGCAGACAAUUUCCCCGACUCCAAGGACGCAUCAGGGGACGUCCAGAGGGGCAAACUCUCUCCUGAUGGUCUUCACGGAGUCUCUGACAUCCGUCAUCAUUUCGAUGGAUCUGCAGGAGAAAGGUGCAUCUUUUCUCCAUCUCCAUCUCCCCAUCAGCCACAGUCAGUCUCAGCUGCAGCAGCGACCAGUGCCAUGUUCCCAUACCCGACCCAGCAUGGACCAGCGCACCCAGCUUUUUCUAUUGGGAGUCCGAGUCGCUACAUGGCCCAUCAUCACCCGGUUAUAACUAACGGAGCUUACAACAGCCUGCUGACCAACACGUCUCCUCAAGGCUACCCGACUGCGGGCUAUCCUUACGCGCAGCAGUAUCAUGGACACACGUACCAAGGAGGCGCUUUUUACCAGUUCUCCACAGCGCAGGCAGGACUGGUGCCGGGCAAAGCGCAGGUGUAUCUGUGCAACAGGGCCCUGUGGCUCAAGUUCCACAGACACCAAACUGAGAUGAUCAUCACCAAGCAAGGACGACGAAUGUUCCCAUUUUUAAGCUUCAACAUUUCUGGCCUCGACCCAACUGCUCACUACAAUAUAUUUGUGGAUGUAAUACUCGCUGAUCCAAAUCACUGGCGAUUUCAAGGAGGCAAGUGGGUGCCAUGUGGAAAAGCAGACACAAAUGUAAUAGGAAACAGGGUUUAUAUGCACCCGGACUCACCGAAUACCGGAGCGCACUGGAUGCGUCAAGAAAUAUCAUUUGGAAAGCUAAAGCUCACAAACAACAAAGGUGCCUCCAACAACACUGGGCAGAUGGUGGUUCUCCAGUCUCUCCACAAGUACCAGCCCAGGCUCCAUGUGGUGGAAGUGAACGAGGAUGGGACAGAAGACACCAGCCAAACGGGACGAGUCCAGACUUUCACCUUCACAGAGACGCAAUUCAUCGCAGUCACAGCUUACCAGAACACCGAUAUUACGCAACUGAAAAUCGACCACAAUCCGUUUGCUAAAGGAUUUCGGGACAACUAUGACACUGUCUACACAGGCUGCGACAUCGACCGCCUAACUCCAUCACCGGGUGACUCUCCUCGUUCACAGAUCGUGCCCGGUGCUAGAUACGCCAUGCCUAGCGCGUUCCUGCAGGACCAAUUCGUCAGCACUUAUGCCAAAUCUCGCUUCCACCCUGGCGUGGUGAAUCCUGGCGGUCCUGGCACGGAGCGCAUCAGCAGCGUCCCACUCGGCAACAGCUUGCCUAGCGACGAGCCCAACGCGGUGGUUGCCACCCCCCCGCAGCGAUGGUUUGUCACCCCUAGCAACAACCGACUGGACUUUGCAGCCUCGGCAUACGACGCGGCUGAUUUCGCCGGUAACGCGGCCACCUUGCUGUCCUACGCGGCGGCCGGAGUGAAGGCUCUUCCGCUGCCGACUGCAGGCUGCUCCAACCGGCCUCUUGGCUAUUACGCAGACGCGUCCGGCUGCUGGGGCGGAGGACGCACGCCGCCGCAGUACAACAAGUCAAGCUCGGUGUUUUCAUGCUGGCCUAACUCUAUCAGUGGCCGAGCAGGUACCAACUACCUGGUAACGGAGGAGGGAGACUCCUCCAUCCCUACCGAGAGGUCACCGAUCACCGGCUCCGAGGAGGCCAAACCCAAAGACAUGACGUCAUCUGAGUCGUCGAGCUGGUUAAUAGAGACGCCGUCCUCCAUCAAGUCCAUCGACUCGAGCGACUCUGGGAUCUUCGAGCAGCAGGCCAAGAGGAGGAGAGUCUCACCUUCUGCCACGCCGGUUGUUUCCGUUUCUGAGACUGUGUCCCCGUUAAAGUCUGAGCUGCUGGCACCGAGAGAGUGCGAGAAAAACUGCACCAAGGACAUUGGUUACUACAGCUUCUAUCCUCACAGUUAAAACAACAAUACAAACACAUCUAUCUAUCUAUCUAUCUAUCUAUCUAUCUAUCUAUCUAUCUAUCUAUCUAUCUAUCUAUCUAUUCAUCAAUC